AAGUACUGGAGGCACAGGGUUAUCAAUGCCAUCAAAUGACUGCGUAAGAGUGGCACAUGACACUGCGUUUGCCCUUCCAGUGUUACACAGCAGGGAGCUCUGUAAACAGAAACCCACGUGAAGUCUGCGGAAACAGAGCCGCCUGUGUGGGCCUCUUCAGGAGUCAGUGCUCCGGAACUUUUCACCUGCAGUGCUGGUAUCCCAGCAGUUGGCUUAAUGAGGCUCCUGAAGGGAGGCGAGUUGAAGAAGCUGCGGGGAUUCUGAUGCUGACCUCUGAUGAAGAGCCAUUACAAUACUGCAUUUAUUUGCAGUCCUCUGUGGCCCUAUGAGAAGACCACAGGAAGUGGUGGUGAAAUAGACCCAGGCCUGUGGGUCUCCAAGGCAACAUGAAUGCCAUCGUCGCUCUCUGUCACUUCUGUGAGCUCCAUGGCCCUCGCACCCUCUUUUGCACUGAGGUUCUUCAUGCUCCUCUUCCAAAAGGGGCUGGGGACAGCCCUGGCCAAGGUGAACAGGCCGAGGAGGAGGAAGGCGGCAUUCAGAUGAGCAGUGGAAUCUGCACUCAUAGCCCAGCAGAAGGGGCCAGCGCAGAGUCCAGCAGCCCAGGACCCAAAAAAUCGGACAUGUGCGAGGGCUGUCGAUCCCUUGCUGCGGGGCACCCCGGGUACAUCAGCCAUGAUAAAGAGACUUCGAUUAAGUAUGUCAGUCACCAGCACCCCAGCCACCCCCAGCUCUUCAGCAUUGUCCGCCAGGCUUGUGUGCGGAGCCUGAGCUGUGAGGUCUGCCCUGGCCGUGAAGGCCCGAUCUUCUUUGGGGAUGAGCAGCAUGGGUUCGUGUUCAGCCACACCUUCUUCAUCAAGGACAGCCUGGCCAGGGGCUUCCAGCGCUGGUACAGCAUCAUUGCCAUCAUGAUGGACCGGAUCUACCUCAUCAACUCCUGGCCCUUCCUGCUUGGAAAGAUCCGAGGGAUCAUUGAUGAACUCCAGGGCAAGGCACUCAAGGUGUUUGAAGCAGAGCAGUUUGGAUGCCCACAGCGUGCCCAGAGGAUGAACACAGCUUUCACCCCGUUCUUGCACCAAAGGAACGGGAACGCCGCCCGGUCUCUGACGUCCUUGACGAGCGAUGACAACUUGUGGGCGUGCCUUCACACCUCCUUUGCUUGGCUCCUGAAAGCGUGUGGCAGCCGGCUGACAGAGAAGCUCCUGGAGGGCGCACCCACUGAGGACACCUUGGUCCAGAUGGAGAAGCUUGCGGAUUUAGAAGAGGAAUCAGAAAGCUGGGACAACUCUGAGGCUGAAGAGGAAAAAGCCCCUGUCUUGCCAGAGGGUGCAGAAGGGCGGGAGCUGACCAAAUGCCCAACAGACUCUUCCUUGCUCUCAGACUGUGAGAACUGGCAGCCCCGAAAGGUGUCUGUCUUUAAGUCCCUUCGGCACAUGAGACAGGUCCUGGGUGCCCCGUCUUUCCGCAUGUUGGCCUGGCAUGUUCUCAUGGGAAACCAGGUGAUCUGGAAAAGUAGAGAUACAGACCUUGUCCUGUCAGCUUUUGAAGUUCUUCGGACCAUGCUGCCAGUGGGCUGUGUCCGCACCAUCCCGUACAGCAGCCAGUAUGAGGAGGCCUACCGGUGCAACUUCCUGGGGCUCAGCCCGCAUGUGCAGAUCCCCUCCCACGUGCUCGCUUCAGAAUUUGCUGUCAUAGUGGAGGUGCAUUCAGCCACUCACUCCAGUCUCCACCCCAUCGGGUGUGAGGAGGACCAGUCUCUCAGCAAGUAUGAGUUUGUGGUGACCAGUGGAAGUCCUGUAGCUGCAGACCGAGUUGGCCCAACCAUUUUGAAUAAGAUAGAAGCUGCUUUGACCAACCAGAAUCUGUCUGUGGAUGUGGUUGACCAGUGCCUCAUCUGCCUCAAGGAAGAGUGGAUGAACAAAGUGAAGGUCCUUUUUAAAUUCACCAAGGUGGACAGUCGACCCAAAGAGGACACCCAGAAGCUCCUGAGUAUCCUUGGAGCAUCUGAGGAGGACAACGUUAAGCUGCUCAAGUUCUGGAUGACGGGCCUGAGCAAAACCUACAAGUCACACCUUAUGUCCACAGUCCGUAGCCCCACAGCCACAGAGCCUCGCAAUUGAGCCCACCAUGGAAGUCUGAUGCCUCUGGGAAGUGGUGACAGCCAUCCUUGCCUUUGGGCUCAGAGAGGAGGUGUCUGGUGGCAGUCCCAGGCUGUUCUCUCACCCUGAACUGCUGGCACAGAGCUGUUUCCUAGCAUGGAAUGUCCACUGCUGGGGCUGAACUCUGCCUGUGUGUGGGAUUUGGGCUCAGUGUAGUCCUUGGGAUCAUCCCACAAGCUGUUUCAAUUGCUCCAGCCUGAAGAGGACAGCGGGAGACAUAGGACAAGGGACAGGUCCCCUGCAUUUGUGCACCCCUAUGAGAGAAGGCUGAGGGAAAUGUGUCUCAUGCCUCUCAUGGACUCAGAUCUCAAAAUUUAGCCCUGUCCAGUGUGGCUCAGUGUAGAGCGUUGGCCUGCACAGUGAAAGGUCUCAGGAUCGAUUCCCGGUCAAGGACAUGGACCUGGGCUCCAGGUUUGAUCCUCGGUCCCAGUCAGGGUGCAUGUGGGAGGCAACCAAUCGAUGUCUCUCCCACAUCAAUGUUCCUCCCUCCCUCCCUG